ACAACCUAAGCCGCUGCAAAAGAGCUCCAAUGCAUCUCCUAACUGCCACUCAUUUUGGAAAAGCUUGAAUGUCUCAAACAAGUUUUCGAGAAUUCGAUCGAACGUCUCAUGGUUUCGUUUCGUACUGUUGGCUGACCAUGGGAUGAUGUGGCAAACCUCAGGAUUGGCUGUUUUGAGAACUAUGCAAGCUCUGCCGUCUAGCUUGCGCCUCUCAUCCUUAUGCUUGUUCUGCUCUGAGAAGCGCUUCUUGGAGGCCGGCCCAGUACUGUCUCGUAUAGGCUCCCCUGCUUCAGUGUUGUCUUUCUUGUGCCCUCGAUUGAAAACCAACGCGCAUAGCACUCUGAAUAGAGCCGGGAUCAGGUAUGUCUGAUAACCCAAGCGCACGACGCAGGCAGGAUAGAGUGCAACGGUUCUGCAGCAUAUCCUUCAAUUCAUGAAUUGGCGUCAG